AGAUGUCGUCAUGUCUGCCCUCCGCCCCCUGACGCCGAUGUUUAUUUCCCCGGAGAGAGAAGCAGGGAGACAUCCACAGAGAGCGGUCACCGUGUCGUGGACAGACGUCGUCAUGCGGCCCUUCUCCCCGCCGCCGCCGCUGCUGCUGCUGCUGCUCGUCCUGCUGCGACCCUUCGCCGCCUGCGAAACCGGUUUGGUGCAGCGGUGUGACUUGUCCGCUGCUGGCACCAUCUACCCAUACAACGCAAGGACUCUAAAUGGAAGUCGCAAUGUGAACUUUGCCGACUACGCCGGAAAGACUGUCCUUUUCGUCAAUGUCGCGACAUACUGAGGACUUACUUCUCAGUAUAUAGAGCUGAAUGCACUGCACGAGGAGAUGAAACCCCUUGGUUUCACUAUUCUAGGCUUUCCAUGCAACCAGUUUGGCAAACAGGAGCCGGGGGCGAGAAAUGAAAUCCUUCCGGGCUUAAAGUACGUCAGACCAGGCAACGGAUUCGUUCCAAACUUCCUGCUGAUGGAGAAGGGUGACGUGAACGGCAAGAGCGAGCAACGGGUUUUCACGUACCUCAAGCAAUCCUGCCCUCCAGUCGGGGACGACUUUGGCGCCCCUUACGGCAGGCUGUUCUGGGAGCCUCUGAAAAUCAACGACAUCAAGUGGAACUUUGAGAAGUUCCUGGUGGGGCCCAACGGAAAAGCGGUGAUGAGAUGGCACCCGCGUGUCCCCAUGUCUACGGUCCGAGCGAACAUCCGCGAUCACCUUCUCCGAAUCUACGCGCAGAAAUUGCAGAAUUAAAAAGUGAUAGAUGCUUCAUUUCGUUUUAAGUGAUACGGCAAUAAUUCACGCAUAGGAGAUGUAAGGGUAGCAGAUUGGAUGGUAAUGUGACUGUUUCUGAUACAUGAAGAUGGCAUGUAGAAUGAAGAGGAGGCUUGAAAACAGGAACUCUGUGGUGCCUCCUCUGAGUCUGGGGGUGCAGGAAAGCUUUUCAGUGCAUUCGAGCUGCCCUGCAAUCCCACAGCACCAUGGCAUCUUCUCAUCCCAGGAACUGUUUGCCAUUACAGCAAAAUCUGUCUUUUUAAGCUUCAAUAAAUCAUUAAGAAAGCCA